UUUGGUCGCAAAUGCCGCUUUAAAGUUCAAUUGUCAAGUGUGCCUCGAAACAGUACAGUGACAAUCAACAGUGCCACCAUUGGCACAUUCAUAUAAGUUGGGGUGGCGUUUAAAGCUUAACCACAGUAUUGUGGCUGCGUUUGUCGUGCACGGACUACCGGAGAAAAAUACUUGCGAGUACGAGUGUGCAGUGCUGACAUAGCAGGCACCAAACAACAAAUAUACCUCUUGGAUAUAUAUAGUUAUAGCUACAAUUUUUUCGUCAAAAGUAUUGACUUUCAUUUAAAUUUGAGACAUGAAGUGCAGCCCAGCGAAUUGUGUUGCGUUGACGCUUCUCCUAACCUGUGGCGCCGUCACAGCACAAGAUUUCGGCUAUGAGGGACAGCAUGGUCCCGAACAUUGGGGAGAGGAUUACAAGCGUUGCAGCGGCAAACAUCAGAGUCCCAUUAACAUCGAUGUGGUCAAUGUGGUGGAGAAGCAGUUUCCAACCCUAGAAUUCAUUAACUUUGAUGAGAAACCCAAGGGCAUUCGCUUGACAAAUAACGGACACACCGUCCUGGUGAAAAUGGACUUCGAGCCGGGCAAGACGCCCCGAGUACGUGGGGGACCUCUGGAUGCACGUUCUGCCAACACUGACUAUCAGUUCGAGCAGUUCCAUUUCCAUUGGGGUGCAAACAAUACCGUCGGCAGUGAGGAUCUGAUCAACAAUCAGUCUUACCCUGCCGAAUUGCAUGUGGUAAUGAGAAGCUUGCAAUACAAGGAUUUUGCCAGCGCCUUAGGUCAGGAUCAUGGUGUAGCUGUGAUGGCGUUUUUCUUCAGGGUAAAAGGCAACGACAAUCCCAACUAUAACGAGUUCACACACUUGCUCUCAAGCAUAGCGACUAAAGAUAAGUCCGCGAAUUUUGUGGCGCCUCUACCAUUGGAAAAAUUUCUAACUUCCGAUCUGGUUAACUAUUAUACCUAUGUGGGCUCGUUGACAACGCCGCCAUGUAGCGAGGAGGUGGUUUGGAUUGACUUUAGCAAUCCCAUCGACAUCUCGGAGGAUCAGAUCGAACGUUUUCGUCAUUUAACCGCCAAUGAUCAGCAUUUGAUGAACAACUUCCGUCCCAUACAGCCGCUGAACGAUCGUACUGUAUAUCAGAACCUGUUGCCCAUGACUCCAUAUGGUGAAAUGCCCAUGAGUUCGAUUCCGUUUGUGGAUGCGGCAAAUGGGGUGGUUGAGGUGACAACAUCCAGUAAGUUACUGCUGUUGUGCCUGUUGUUGCUCAAGGCCGGCAUUUUAGUGGCUUUUAAUUAGAGCUCCAACCCAGUACACCCAACCACUCAACGCCGCUGACGCCUGGUGCUGGCGCUAAAGUGGGCGUAAGCAGAGGCAGAGGCAGUGGCCGAUGUCGAUGUCGAUGUUUUCUGUUAAAUGCAUUGCAUGUGCUUAAAAUUUUAAUUAAGCGUUGUAAUUUACAUGUGUGUGCUCUGCUUACUGGUUUUGUUUGCUUGUUUACUUGAAUGCUUCUAUGGUUGUAUGUCGUUAGUCGGCCACUUGCCCGCCAGCAGCGACAGCGACAGCGGCAGGUUGAAGGGGCUGGUAUACCUACAUACAUAUAUAUAUAUAUAUACUAUAGUACAUAUGGCCUCCUACUAAUUAAACACGUGUCUUUCAAAAUUAAUAAACGCCAGGCGCGGCAUUUUUGCAUGUGGACUCUGCGACGAUAGCACCGCCAUAGAAGUGAGAGGCAUGUUCGACAUCAUCAUCACAAUCAUCGUUAUAAUUUAUGCACCGCAUGGCCCACCACAUUUCUGUGCACCUACGCUACUACUUGUAUUCUACACCCAAACGUAUUAGAACUGCAGUUUACGCAUCAGCUUAGUUUUAAGCAACUUUUUUAUGCUCGCCAUUUAAGUUCUUUCCGCAUUGAAUUUAAUACCUACUUAUGUAUUUGCUAGUUACACAUACUAGUUAGUUAGAUAAGUAACUGCACCUUGUGAUUAAAAUGCUCGCUAAAUGCAACGCUCUAUGUACUUUAAAUUUUAGUUGUAGAACACAGGAAACCCAUGAAUAAAUAUUUUAAGCACUUCGUCAAA